AUGGCCGAAAACAUGUUGAGUGGGGUUGGAGGUGGGGCAUAUCAAGACGUGAAAGAAGCAGUAACCACCACUGGUGGCAAAAUACUUGAUGUGAAGAAUCUGAAAAAAAACUACAAAAAGUUGAUGAAAGAAGCAGAAGAGCUCUGGGGACUGAGGGAUGAUAUAGAGAAAGAAGCAAGCAGAGUUGAAAUAAAGCCGGCCACAAGAGAAUGGAUUACUAAGGUUGAUGUGCUCAAAACUAAAGUGAACGGACUGGAAACUGAAUAUAAUGAAGGAAAGAGGAAGCGGUGGAGAUUGGACCGCUUUUGGUCGAACGCAAAUUUUAGUGAGGACUUGGAAAAGAAGAGGCAGCAAGUCCUUAGUCUUUUGGAAGAGGGACUUAUUCACAAGGGAUUUUUGAAAGAUGAAUUGCCAAACUCUGUCUGGACAAAAAAUGCCGCUGAAAUCGAUGAAAAGUCAUCACUGGGAAAAAUUGUAGGAGAUGUACUUAAUCAUCUCGAGGAUAAAAAAGUAACAAGAAUUGGAAUCUGGGGAACCGUCGGAACUGGGAAAACCACGAUAAUGAAGCACUUGAAUGACAAUGAAAAGAUUGCUAGUAUGUUUGAAAUUGUCAUUUGGGUAUCCGUCUCGAAGGAGUGGAGCAUAGAGAAGCUGCAAGAGGGCAUCAUGCAACGGCUAGAACUGGAUGCGGAGCGCACCAUCAACAUCGAGAAAAAUGCUCAGAUAAUAUCAAGAGGGUUGAAUGAAAAGAAGUGUUUGAUUCUUUUGGAUGAGGUAUGGCGCACCAUUGACCUACAAAAAGUCAUGGGAAUUGAUAACAAGCACAAUCACAGCAAGAUGGUGUUGGCAAGUAUAUACCAAGGCAUUUGUACCAACAUGGAAACUGUUGUGCAAAUCGAAGUGAAACCAUUGUCCCCGCCUGAUGCUUGGAACAUGUUCAGGAAAAAGGUGGGUGAUGUUAUUUCUAGCUCCUUAAUUGAACCAACAGCUAGGCUUGUUGUCCAAGAGUGUCACGGGUUGCCACUGCUGAUAGACAGAGUAACCAAAACCUUCAAAAAGAAGCAAAGAGAUUUUACCCUUUGGAAUGAUGGAUUGGAAAGCUUGCAAAGAUGGGACAGUGACAGAGUUGAAGGCAUUGAAGAACUGUUGGAACGCCUGCAGGUUUGUUACGAGGAUUUAAAAGAUGAAGAGAAGGACUGCUUUUUGCACGGUGUAUUGUAUCCUGAAGAAAGCAUUAUAUAUGUGGAUUACUUGCUAGAAUGUUGGAGAGCUGAAGGCUCUAUUCUUCACGCAGAGGAGUUUACGAAAGCACGCGUCAGAGGGCAUGCAAUAUUGCAUGAACUUAUGGGCGUAUCAUUUCUAGAGAAAACUGAAAAGAGGAAAUAUGUUAAAAUGAACAAAGUGCUUCGGAGUUUGGCGCUUAAAAUCUCAAUGCAAAAGGAUUACAAAUAUCUGGCAAAACCACGUGAGGGAUUACAAGAGUUUCCAGACCAUGAAGAAUGUAGCCAAGCAAGUAAGAUUUCGUUGAUGGAUAACCGACUACACACUUUACCAGAAACUCUAGAUUGUGGCAGUCUCUCAACAUUGUUCCUUCAAAGAAAUAAGGACUUGAGUGUCAUUCCUCAGUUGUUCUUCCAAUCAAUGUGCAGUCUGCUAGUUCUAGAUUUGCAAGGCACUGGGAUUGCAUUUUUGCCUUCCUCCAUAUCCAACUUGGUUCUUCUCAGGGGGCUCUACUUAAAUUCUUGCAUCCACUUGACAAAGGUACCAUCUGAAAUAGAAGCACUUCAACAUCUUGAGGUGCUUGAUAUUCGAGGUAGUAGACUUAAUUUAGGUCAAAUUCAAAGUUUAGUAUGGUUGAAGUCUUUGCGAAUAUCCUUGUCUGAUUGUUGCAUUGAGCGUACUGAGGUAUUAGAUAUUCAAAGGAUUAGAAUAAAUUUCAAUCCCAUUCGAAUUCCAAUACUGUUGAAAGGAUUGGCAGUAUCACUAUAUAAUUUUGGCAAGGGAAACCAUACUCAGGAGCAAUCAGGAGUUAUUUCCAGGUUUGUUUCAUUGGAAGAAUUGAGUAUUGAUGUUGAUUCUUCCCAACAGCUUUGGGAAACGGUUGCGGAGGAGGCCAUAGAAGAGAUUGCUAAAUUGAAUAAACUUACUUCCCUUCGAUUGUACUUCCCUAGAGUGGACCAUCUUAGGUUGUUUGUUACCAAAAGCCCAGUGUGGAAUUCCCGCUUCACAUUUCAAUUUUCUGUUGGUUACGAGGACUCAACCCACUCACAAAUUUUCUGA